AUGGUGCACGGACGGCUGCUCAUGUCGAUGGCAAGGAGAGUUUUCGCCGUUUUCUUGCUACUAUUGCUAUAUUGUUCCGGCGUGAAUGCUGUGACUUGCCCCUGGGAGAGAGAGGGUUUGAAACCAUGGAGUGAGGCAGCGUCAUGGGAAACCAACCAGGUUCCUCGAACAGGGGAUGUCGUAGAAAUAGUGGAUGAUAUCCUUUUAGACUACUCCCCACCAAAAAUGUCAGAGGUUCACAUUGUAAACGGUGCGCGUCUUAUCUGGGACGCACAAGAAGGAAGUCGCAUUGAGUUAGAGGCUGGGCGUAUCCAUAUUAGUUAUGGCGGCGCUCUUGAAAUCGGUGGCAGUGAACCCGAGUGCCGGUAUCCAGCUUUCAGCAAAGCCAUUAUCACGCUGACUGGCCAGAGGGACGAGUUCCCAAAUGAAGAUGAUUUCGGACAGAAGUUUCUCGGCGUGCAGGAAGGAGGGACAUUGGAACUCCAUGGUGCGGAUAAGAUUGCUUGGACAAAACUGGCACAAACGGUAGAAAAGUUGGACGAUUCCAGCGGCCUUAUUUUCAACCAUGAUGAGAGCGAUAAUUGGGACAAGAGAAUGCCCGGGCUGUAUGUGUAUGUGAUGAACCCCAGAACAGGACUGCCAGUGCGCAGCAAACAGUUCCGGUACAGGAACAAGAGGAAAAUGGAAUUGGAACUUCCAGCUUUCUUACGAAAUAUCAGAGAUGGCAUGGUCGUUAUGAUGGCUUCAAGACGCAUUCUGUUCGACGUGAGCCUCGGUUUCAAUCUGACCUCUGCACUGGAAGGGUUGAACGAUCUUGGAGCCGAACACGUGGAGGAAUACAACUUGGGAGACGCAUGGUGCAUGAUUGCCGUUAAAGGAAUUCCAAACAUUUCUCAAGAAGCACGAUCAAGCGUAAAAGGUUUUCUCUACACGGAAACCUGGCUCGUCACGCUAGAACACGAGGGAUUUUACUACCAAGUUCAAAGCGGAGUCGCGCUGUCCCACGCAUCCCCUGGUGCUGAGAACUACGUUCGUUUCCGCGUCUUGGAUCGGGUUGUGACGCCCAUCAUCACUGUAAUUGAUGACGUCACUAGUUGGGAGGCAGGUGACAGAAUAGUCGUGACUUCUACGGAUUACGCAUGGACGCAAGCAGAGGAGAGGAACCUGCUGAGGUGUGACGAAUGUAAUGCCAAUCAGGUGAAACUUGACAAGGAGCUGUUUUACACGCACUGGGGUGAGGUGAUCGAAAACGUGGACAUGCGGGCGGAGGUCUUGGUGCUGACCCGGAAUGUGGUCGUCCGCGGGGAAGUACAAGACGCUUGCUAUGGUGACAACCUCUGCGAUAGAUUCGAAUUAGACACGUGGGGAGGUCACAUUAAGAUGCAGGACAGGUUUAAAGCGUGCAAAAUAGAGGGCGUGGAGCUGUGCCAUCUCGGUCAACAAGUCUACGAAGGUUCGUACCCCAUCCAUUUCCACAUGGUUAAGAACGUCAGUGACUAUGCCAGUGACACUGUGAUCCGCCAGAAUUCCAUCCACCACUCCUACUCCAGAUGUACCACCUUGCACAUGACACACGGCCUCAAGAUUUACGACAACGCUGCCUAUCUGCACAUAGGGCACUGUUAUUUCUUGGAGGACGGAGGAGAGAAGGGCAUUGAAUUUGACGGUAACAUAGGGCUUGGGACGUUGUCCGGAACAAUUCUUCCAUCCGACAGAAUACCAUCUACCUUCUGGAUAACGAGUCCUCUUUCUUUUCUGCGCAACAACGUCGCUGCUGGAUCAGAUGGUCGCGGCAUAAUGUACGUGUUCCCUGUCGAGCCGAGAGCAGAGUCCCAAGCCUGGGGAUUGUUGGAACUGGGAGAGGCUGCACGCACACCAAUACACCAGUUUGAAAACAAUGUGGCUCACUCGAACAGAAGGGCCGGACUGUGGCUGGACAACAUACUCGGACAAGAUGGUGAAGUGCUUCGCCGAGGCAACAGCUACAAGCCACAAGUCCAGUUUCCUAACGGGACGGUAGCUCCUAAAGAGGUCAUCCUAUCUCGGUACACUGGCUACAAGAACAUGGUGCAGAACGCCUGGCUGCGAGGCUCUCCCGUUACCAUGGAGAAGAGCUCGUUCUCUGACAGUCCAUUAGGAGUGACGUUUUCAAUUGCCGGAGGUCACCCCCAGUACGUCCGGGACAGCGUGUUUGUCGGCCAGUCAGAAAAUAUCGGGGAACCUGCCGUUGUACUCGAUAGAGAAACAAGACGAUACGUUUAUAUUCCUCGAUCAGUCCCGUCACCAAGAAUAGAUCGCCCGGUCACUGGAGCCUUGUUUUAUGAUCGCCCUGUUUACUUUGAAAAUAAUUGGUUCGGCGGCUACGCCACCGAUGCCUAUAGACCUGCUGGCGCCAUCGGCUUCAAGAGAAGAGACAGAGGGUUCUCAUCGUCAACCAACGGGGUGCGGGGAGCCAUGUUCGGAUUCACUGACGGGGUGGACGGCAACCGCAUGCUCGACGGCGACGAGUCCGUCCCUGGGUUUGGUGACGAAGGUGGAGACAAGAACAAAGUGAUGACAGACUACGACGGGAGUAUCACGGGCACCGCUGGAGCCUUCGUAGUUAAGCAGAGGCAGUUUGUUAACACCCAGAACUGUUACAAUAAAACCAACUGGAAUCUCGCGGUUUGUCCAGACCGAAUGGCCAAGAUCAAGAUCGCAGAGCGCUCGCAGUCGGACGAUGACCUCAUAGAGGAUAUUUACAUGGUUCGAGAUGACUUCUCCGGGCAUUUGGAGUAUUUCGAUGGAAACACCAAUAUUGGGAUGCUGGUCAUCAAUAAAUACAAAUAUACCUUACACUUCGUCGGCCCUUCUCCUGACCAUGUUACCUUUUUACUGGACGGCUUCGAAAUAGGAGACAAGGUGAGAGUGGGCAUAUGUUUCCCGAAAGACACUACAUCGUUCACCAUCAAGAAAAAAUUCUUUGGUACAAAUUUUGUGUACGCAACCAGUAUUGAAGACUUUGAAGAGAAGUCUCUUACCAGCCAUCUUGUGGCGUACUGGGACUCGUCGACAGGCCUGCUCUUCCUAUAUUUUGAGGGAAAAUACGACAGGGAAGAUGGUGACGACAAUUCUUGUCCCGGAAAGAAGUGCCCCAAAAUCAUCAUCGACCGCAACGACGGCAGUAUGAGCGCGGCCACGUGUUAUACUGACGCUUACGGGCCUUACGCCACAGAUCUUGUGCCACCAGACGAUACUGCACUGACGCCGCCCGACGCAGCAGACGAGAUAGUGACACCCGAACCGAGCGCGGACCUGGGAGCUGGUCCCACCAAACCGUUCUUGAUAAGAAGUAAACCAACUGCGUAACUGCAUCCGACGGGAAAAGUUUAUUUUGAAUUCUUUGAAUUGUUGAUUAAAUUUCUCUGGGGCACAAAAUUUCCAUUGUAUGAACUAAAUAUAGAAAUAAACUUCAACAUAGCAAAAGACGGAGCAUGAUAGAAAAAGAAAACAAAAAAGAACCAUAAAAAAACAAGUUAUCGUAUCCGUACGCACACUUGUGACACGUCUUCAGUACUGCGCACGCGCGCGGUC